AUGUUGUGGUCUAAUGGUGCUAAUAACAGUGAUGAAUCGCAGGAUAGCACGGACGGUGGUUACGCUGGACUGUACAGAUGGACGAUGGAUGCACUUUUCGGCUCACGAGUAUCACCAUCAAGAAAGUAUAGGGAAUUUGCCCAGGAUGACACCAAUUAUAAGCGUAGCAGACGGCAUGUUGGGGGGAGUAGCGAAUCACCGUUGAUCAGAUCGAAUUCGUGGUCCGAACUAGGCUCUACGUUCUACAGGCGAAAUGACCUGCUGCCUCCAUCUCCUGACGGCAGCUUUGAUCAAGUACCGAGACGCCGACUGAGUAGCAGGUCAGCAGAGUCGCUGCUGAAUCCGUUUGAGGAACUCAGAAGGCCCAAAGAAGAGGCUACUGAUACGUUUGCCGGGCGACGAAAGAAACACCGAGAUACAUUCGACGACGACGAGUUUAGUAUCAGGUUCCAGUCACCUCGGCGAGACGACCCAGUGGUGUCAAAGCUGUUCGAGAGUUCUUUCUCGAACAAAAGACCUCCCAACUCGACGGAGAAGGUGCCAAUACCGGGCAAGUUUCCGUCGCCGCUCAAGCAGACGAAGGAGAAGGACUAUACUGCGGACUACCUGCAAAUUCUGGACCAGCUAUCGCGGAAUGAACAGAUGCUAGAGGAUGUUAAUCGAGAAUUCGGGGAGAGGCAGGCCCAGUUUCAGGCAAAGGAACAGGGCUACCGCGAAAAGUACCUGCAGACAAGGUCAGAGCUUAUCGACGAGCUGAAACACUCCAAGAAGCUUUACGAUAACUACUAUAAGCUGUAUGCGAAAUACCAACAGCUGCGCGAACUGAGUCAGCACGCAGUUCAACUGCGACAGAAAGUGUCCAACCUCGAGUCGCAGUUGGUCGACGAUGCCAUAGACAAGGAGAGACAGAUCCAUGAUCUGACACGCAAGGUGUUUGAAUUGGAGUUGAAGCUACAAGAUAGCAAUUCCAUGAGGGAAAGAGAGGCAUUAAAAUAUAGCGCACGCAUUGCAGAGCUCGAGAAACAGACGGCACUCCAGUCCGACGUCGGUGUAUCAUCACUGUCGUUUUCUCCAUCGCGCUUAGGGGAUCAAAGCUCAGACUACAAUGCCAUGGUAGAUUCGCAGUUUCUCAAGAACCUGACCUAG